AGUGUCUGAGUGGUGCAAUCUCACAUCAAUUAUUCUUCACAUUUCAUGUUUGGUUGCUAAAUCAUAUAAGGAUUCACUACACUCUUGCUUGGCACUUCAGCACCUGCUGUUUGGGAAUAGUUUAAAGAAGCUAGUUUUAUUACUCAACCUAUCAAGCAUUGUCAAAUCAAUCUUUCCUUGGAUAUAGCUGGAUUUCACUGUAACUGCAAAAGGGUGAUUCAACUGGUGAUUCUAGACUGUACAGCUGCAGCUUGGGCUUUCUUGGUUCACAAAAUAGAAAAAUGUCACGAUUUAGAAAGCAAGAAUACAAACGGCAGGUGAGCGAGGAUCCAGAUAUUGAUAACUUGCUGGCAAAUCUUUCUCCGGAGGAAAUGCAAGAACUACAGAUAGAGUUGGAGGUCAUGGAUCCUAAUUCCAGUGUGGCUGUCGGAUUGAGACAGAGAAAUCAGACGGAGAAGCAGCCAACAGGAACAUAUGAUCGGGAAGCAAUGCUCACCUACUGUGAGAAAUCAACCAAGACACUGAUAAAGAAAGAGUUGCCUUUUGACGAAGGGAAAAGCCCAGAUGAUGCGUGUAAACAAGCCAAAACAAAAGAACCUGAAAAUGAAGCAAUCAAAGAACUGGACAAUGAAAACGUGGAAAAAGGUGAGGAAAUGCGUAAAACACAGGGAGAAAGAGAAGGGAAAGACAAGGAAAGGGGGCAGAUUAAAAAUCUCAAGGACAGAGAAACUGAUGAGAAGAUGAAGAGCAAAGAGACAAAAGAUGCGGAGAAGGAGAAGAAUAGGGAGGCAAUUGGAAAGGGGAAAGAAGAAAACAGGAGGUGCAAAGAGGUCAAAGAAAAAGAAAAGGAAGAGAAGCUCAAUAAAGUGAAAGAAGAACCAAAGGAAAUCGCCAAAGAGGGAAACCACAGCAAAACAAAAACCGAGACCAAAGACAUUAAGGAAAAUGAAGACUGCCGGAGCAAUUCAGCGACAAACUCUGGUAAACACUGUUCCACACAAUGUAAGGAUUCACCCAACACAGAAAACCUGGAAGUGAAAAACCAAACAAAAGUUUCAGAAACACAAGCUACAACUCCAACCAUUUAUGAUGAUUCAAUAGAGAAAGUUAAGAACAAUGAUCCUGGAGUAACUGAAGUAAACUUAAAUAAUGCAGAACGAAUAAACAAUGAGAUCUUAAUACGCUUUGCUGAUGCACUGAAAGAAAAUACUGUGGUGAAAACCUUUAGCUUUGCCAACACUCAUGCAGAUGACCAUGUUGCAUUUGCUGUUGCUAGUGUGUUAAGGGUAAACAAAAGCAUAACAAACCUGAAUCUGGAAUCAAACUACAUCUCUGGCAAAGGAGUCAUUGCUAUUAUGAGAGCUUUGCAGCAGAAUAAUGUCUUGACAGAAUUCAGAUUCCACAAUCAGCGUCACAUUUUUGGAGGACAGGUUGAGAUGGAUAUUGCCAAACUUUUGAAGGAAAACACCACCCUUCUUAAGCUGGGCUACCAUUUUGAGUUAGCAGGGCCACGUAUGACUGUGACAAACUUACUGAGUAGAAACAUGGAUAAACAGAGGCAAAAACGUUUACAAGAGCAGAGACAGGGGCAAGUAGGGGAUAAGAAGCAGGGGUUGGAAGUUCCAAAGACAACUGGCAUGCAGAAAUCACCAAAACCUUCUCCACAGUCUUCUCCCAGAAGUUCACCAUGGUCAUCCCCUAAACCAAGUCCAAAGAAGGCUGCAGCUCACACAACUCCUCCUCCUCCCCCUCCUCCUCCUCCUCCACCACCCCCAGGACUGUCUGAAAAUGCCAACUCUGUGACACAAAACCAUAAAUCACAAAACAAGAGGACUGUGGAAGGAAAUGACCAGACCAAGAAUUUAAGAAAUUCCUUGACACCUGUAUCUGAAAGAAAGCUGGAAGAUAGACCACCAGCUCAAGAACGAAAUUCGAGAGAUCAGCUAUUGGCUGCCAUUCGACAGAGCAACUUGAAAAACUUGAAGAAGGUUGAACUUCCAAAGUUGUUGCGGUAAGAAGAUGUGCCAUUGCCUGCUGUUGAAGUUGCCCCAUUAAUCUUUACAUGACUCAAAUUCAUUAUUGUAACUGAAGUUUCAUUGUUAUUUUCAUUCUGAUCAUUUGAAGGACUUUUAUUGUUGUAUCACAGUUUGACAUCCUGUGAAAGAAUAGCAAUCUUUCUGAGAGCACCUUCAAGCAUACAGUAUAUUGCUUAAUCUCAUCUCUCCAUCUUCUUACUAAUUUUCAUUGCUGUACAUUUCUAACAACUCUUUCAGUAUUUUUAUUUCUAUUGCUCUGAGUUCUUUAAUAGCAGAUUUCCUGAUUAUUUUUGGUGGUUAGUUAUUUCUUGAUGUCCUCAUUGCUAUCCUUUACACUAUAUACAUUUUACCACUGCUUUGAAUUCAUAUCUUUUAUAAAAUGCUUAUCUUGACUACAUUUAGAAUCUGAUUCAAGUAUUCUCUUAUGAUUCUAUUUUACCACAAUAAUUGCAAGCACAGUUUUAACCUCCCUCCUUCCAUAGAACAAUGACUUGCUAAGCUUAUAACCUGCUUCAUUAGCCCUCCAAGUUCAACAUGCAUCUGUUUACCUUCCUCCACCCCACCCACUCUGCAAAGUAGAUCUGCUUGUUGGAUGCCUGGUAGUUUUAAACCCAUAAUGAAAUCCUCAAGCUGGCCCUCUAUGGUCAGAAGUAAGAAUAUCCAAUGAUUGUUAAAUGGUCCCUUUAGAAAUGGGUACUGUAAGAUUAAAGACCCAUGCCUGGAAUUUUGUCAGCUCUUCCAAAGAUGAGUUAAAUAGUCAGUCCAUGGUGACUUUGUUUGUGGGACUGAUGCUAGGCAAUGUAACAGCUUAGGAAGACCUUACCUCAUGAAUAAUAUUUACAUGAGGGAUGGUCUUCCCUUCAUCCACUCUGCCAGUGCCCUGUACACAAAAGAAAUUUGAUAGGAUUGAGGCCAGGGCUGGAUCCUGGGAGUUGAAAGGGAGAGUAGCCCAUAGGAUAAGCCAUAAGGACUGUGGAGUAUUGAUUAUAAGAAUGGUUGGAGGAGGGUCGGCUGCCAGGUAUUGGUAGUAGUGUGGAGGUGGGGAAAGGAGUGGUGGAUGGAGGUAGGUGCUACAAUCAUCAGUGAUCGAUGGGGGCCAGUCAAGCUAAGGAAGCUACAAUUGGGGCUGAGGUAAUUAAUUAAGGGAUGUGUUCAUUGGUUGUGGGGGAUUGCCAGUGGCUGGAUGAGAUUGGGUAUAGGGGGUUGGUGUUGGGUGGGAUCAGAUCAGGACAUAGAGGGAAUUAGGUUGGGAGACUCAUGUGUGGAGAGAUUGGGUAUGGGGGUUCGUCUUGGGUGGGAUCAGAUCAGGACAUAGAGGGAAUUAGGUUGGGAAACUCAUGAGUGGAGAGGUUGGGGCAAAGAUCAUGAGUUUGGAGAGUUGGGAGAUCACGUCCUUAUGGAAGGGGUGAAGAAUCCAGAAAAAAGCUGGGUAAUGUAUUACUUAAAGGGAACCAAAUUGAGUUCCUGCAGUAGCUUGGGAGGUCACCUUACAUUGCACAGGAGCAGGUUUCACAGGUAUAUUGAAAGCCUACUUCUGCGUGAGUAGCUUGCAAAUGGCACAUGUCACUCAUACAUCACUGAAAGUCCCAGAAAUAGUGUCCAUUACUGUGUUGCAGUGCGUGCCAUUGCCCAACACUGUGUACGAAUGGGGCCCUCUUUGUAUUAUGCAUCAGAUACACAGAAAAUCCCCAAACAAAAACCGUGGACUUUGCAGUCCCUGUUUUAUUUGUCAUAAAAAUCAGAUUGCUUGGCACAAUAAAAAGUGUCACCACUUGGUAUAUUUUCUAGGCAACAUAGUCUUGUUUGCAAUGACUAUUUUGAGUAAAAAAAUAAGAGCAAUGUCUUAAUCCUUAAGGAAUUGUAAAUAUUUGUCUUUGUUGGUUUUCUGUGUUGUAAUAGUUUAAUAUGUAAUAUGUGAACAUUUGUAAAUGUAUGCUUAAUGCGAACAUGCUAUCAAGAUGUACACAAGCAACAAAACAAUCACGUAACUUCCAUUCCAAUAUUGUUAUAAACACUUCACCGAGAAUACAAUAAACAGCAAAAUACAAAGGCUGCUGGUUCUUCUAAUUAAAAGCAUCAUUUUUCUUGUAUAUAACUAUUUGCCUGGUUUUAUUGUCUCACUCAUUGGUUGGCUUUUAGCAUCCUUUGCUUAUGACUUGCUCUAUAUGUUAUUGGUGGUAAUGUGAAAUACAGAAAAUAUAAUCUCCUUGCUUACCUUUAUAAGUAUUAGACCACAUUUAAUUUAUAUGUAAAACACAUAACAGGAAGUAUGUAACAAUAACUCACAUAAUGGACUGUUUAACUCAAGCUCAGAA